CCUCCUCGCCUCCUCGCCCCAUGGGGCCCACCUCUCAGUCCCUCCGCUCGCACUCGCAUUCGCACUCGCACCCUGCUCCCUCUCUCUCUCCCGACUCGGCGGCGAUUGACUUGGCGAUUGGCGAUUCCCCUCCGACGCCUCCGUCGCGGCGCCGCCCCUGUCCAGCGACCUCGGCUCCCGUCCCCGACGCCGGUGACCUCGAUCCACCAGCUCCUCUCUAACCCUAACCCCUCUCCCCUAUCCAAUCCCCUCUCUCUCGGUGAACUAUGUGAGUUCGUGUUGUCGUCUCGUCCUCCCCUCCGGCCCUCCCCAGCUCGCCGUCGUCUCUAAUCGGUCUCUGUCUGUCGUGUGUCGUCUGGGUGGCCCCCGUGUUCUCCGGCAUCGGGCUCCGGUAGCACAGGUCAGUUGCUGAUGCCUCGUCUUCCUCCUCUGGGGUAGAUCGGGCACGGCGACUGCGUGCUCCGUUGAGGGACGGUGCUGGAGAUCGGCCGUCCGCGGUGAAGGUCGCCAUGGCGGAUGAUGACGAUGUCAAUCCGGUCACCGGCAACGACGACCUUCGCGCGGCAGGGCUUGUCCCAGAUGACGAAGACGACAUCCAGGCUGACGCUGCUACUUUGCUUGGUAUCGAUCUAACCUCUGCUCCUGUCGAUCUAAGUUCUAAUCCGACCAACGCUGGUGGAGGGCCUGCUACGGCCACCGAUACUCCGGUCGGCUCCACCAGCACCGAUGGUGGUACUGGUACCUCAUCUGUUGGUAAGCGUAAAUCUACUAUCUGGGUUGAUUUUGAUGAGGUAUUUGAGAAAGUGAAUGGGUCCAAUGUUCGAAUUGCUGCUAUUUGUAGAAUGUGUAAGACUCGUUUAUCUGCUAGAUCUUCUGCUGGUAUUGGGCAUUUGCUUAGACACCAGAAAGCUUGUAGGAAGAAGGUUGAUCACGCUGCUAGGGUCCAGUCUAGGCUUGCUUUCAAUCCUGAUGGUUCUCUACACAAUUGGGAAUAUGAUCCUAUUUUUGCUCGAACUGAGUUGUGUCGUCUGAUUGCUAGGCUUGACCUUCCAUUAGGUAUUGGUGAGUCACAGGCCUGGGAGGAUUAUAUUGCCCGUGCUCAUAACCCCAGGUUUACCAAAGUGUCUAGACAGACCACCACUAGAGACCUUCUGAAGCUUUUCACUGAAUGA